AUGUGGAGUGCAGGAUCAGCAGCAGGCGACAAUGAGGAGAUGGUUGAUAUAUACGAAGAUAAGGAUCACGCUAGGAAGGACGAGAUUGCUGCCCUGGGAGGCCAGAUGGCUAGUGGAACUAAUGUGUUUAGUGCAUUUUAUGAUAGACUGAAAGAGAUUCGUGAAUACCAUAGAAGGCAUCCGGCAGCCCAUGUUGUGGAUGUUGAGGAGCAGUACGAGGCACUGUUCAAAGAAGAACCUGUCAUUGAGUUUACUGGCGAGGAAGCCCAUGGGAAAUAUCUUGACUUGCAUGAACUAUACAACCAGUACAUCAAUGCAAAGUUUGGGAUGCCCCGUAGUGGUAAAAAAGAAUCCGAGGACUCGCACAUUGAGUACUCAACUUAUCUCAAUCUUUUCAGUCAACCACAGAAAAUUGAUCGGAAACUCAAGUUGACCAGGCAAUACAGGGAAUACACACAGAAUAUGUUGGAGUAUUUGGUCUAUUUUUUCCAACGUACAGAACCAUUGCAAGAUCUUGAUAAAAUCUUUUCAAAGGUGUGGUAG